AUGUCUUUGAGUUGUAGAGCACUGCAGCUCAUGUUGCUGCUGAUGCUUGCUGCUGCAGGCGCCGCUGUGUACAUUAAUGUACUGCAGGGCCAGGAGCUCGUUGACUCGGUGCUGUCCAUGCAGGCUGAGUCUCUCUGCAAGUGCAAAUCGAUCUGCUUUGUACUGGUCAACUGUACGGCGGCGACGUACUACGUCAACUCAUCGCAGUGCAACAUAACACAGAACGCAACAACAGCCCUUGCGCUGCGUGACCAUACGCAAGCAGUGACGCUCGUCAAGUUCAACCCGCCUGCUGCCAUCAAUGUGGCGGCUGUUGAAGAUGGAGAUACCGCAACGACCUCUGAUGCUACCCAGACACCUUCUCCUACCACCACCACCACGACCACCAUGGCCAACACCGACACGACUCCUACCACCAGUGCCACGACCGCCAUGACCAACACCGGCAUGACUCCUUCCACCACCAAGACCACUAUGACCAACACCGGCAUGACUCCUUCCACCACCAAGACCACUAUGACCAACACCGACACGACUCCUACCACCACCGCCACCACCACGACCGUCAUGAACAACACCUACUCAACUCUUACCACCACCACGACCGCCAUGACCAACACCGGUACGACUCCUUCCAUCAUCACCACCACCACCAUGACCACCAUACCAGUGUCUCCAUGUCUCACGAAUUCGGGAACCGGUUCCAUCUUCGUAACCACGGCGGUGACUUGUGACGGCUCAGUGGCAGCUCAGAUGAACAUGUGUGCCCAGGAGGGCGGAGUGCCGCUCAUCAUCAAGACGAAAGAACAGAGAUCAGCUGCAGCGGCCCGCGUUGGAGGUGAGGUUACGGAAUAA